AUGGUUGAGCAGAGUUUUCAAGCGUCGUCUAUCACUGCUGAAAACAUGAAAUUCAGCUACGUCGUUGGAUCUCUUUCCCUGCAAGCCGCACAGGAAGUCAAGGACAUCAUUCUGAGCCCACCGGUCGAAAAUCCGUACACCACGCUGAAGACCAAGCUCAUCGAAAGACUCUGUAAAUCGCAGGAGGAGAAGACGAUACAGCUACUGGAAAACGAGGUAAUGGGCGAUCGCAAACUUUCUGCAUUUUUUCGGCAUUUGCGUGAUCUCGCGGGCGACGCGGUCAAUGAUCCGUUCGUGCGCACCUUGUGGCUUCGUCGUUUGCCUACACACAUACACGGCAUCCUCGCAUCGCAAAGUGAGGCCACCCUAGACCAGCUUUCGAUACUCGCUGAUAAGGUUUACGAGUCAGCCAAGCAGGCGCAAGUGCAAGCACAAGUAUCUGAGCUCAACAGCAGCACAUUAGAGGGACUUCUCUCGCUAAAGUUGUCUCAGAUGAGUCUCAUUUUUCAAGAUGAGAUUCGCGCUCUGCGUCUAGAGGUGUACUCUCUCCGUGCCUCAAAUGGUCAUAACAAUCCACAGAACGGCCGCUCAAGAUCGCGCUCUCACUCUCGCUCACGCGCACACACUCCAAAGCCCAGUGAUAUGUGCUGGUACCAUCAUACGUUCGGUAGCAAAGCAAAGAAGUGCUCCGGCAACUGCAAGAUGCACCCAAACUUCAAGGCCGAGUAA